AUGCCUUCUCUGACUCCCCAGCGUCGCGACAAUGGCAAUGAUUUCAUUGACGUAGCCUGCUCCUCUCUGCUGAAACGAGAAUCACAGUCUACACUACUCAAUGAUUCUCACACCACCCAAUCUACCUGGCCAACCGCUGGUAGCGAAGAAUUUUGGAAUCUGGAACUUGAUGAUGUCCUCCUGUUGGGCAAGGAAAACGAGACGAAUGUGGUCGGUGGCGGGCCAAGGCUACCAGUAGUCUCGUUUGGGACGGUAGCUGUUCGAGAAUUUGAGUGGAUCUUGGAGGACAACGAUGUCCAAUGGAGCUCCGCGGAUAAAGCCAUGACAGUGGACGACCAUGAGGCUGAGCGGAAACGAAGAAAAGUAUCUAUUGCGAUGAAAGACCACGAUAGAAGAAACUCACACGGGAGAUACCCUUGCAUGGAAGAGAAACGAAGAGCGACUUCCAUUGCUCAUUUCGAAACGCUGCUGGAUAUCCAUCAAAUUGACCUUGCCUACUUGCCAUCUUCUUCCGCACUUCAAGACGUUUUGCAACCUGUUGCGCCCGAAAGCGUGAAGCCGAAGAGAUUUUGGCACGGUAUCCGACGCCACAAAAGCAAAAGCACACAAUAA